AUGCCGCGAUGGAAACGCAAAGGGAAACCUUUGACGAGCGCAAAUGACCCACAAGCUGUAUCGACAACAGCAGGCGAGGACGGACGGAGCCCAUCGGAAUCUCACUCGAUCGCUCUUAGCUCUCUUCGAGCAGUCUCCAGUGAGAUCUACACUGCAACUGAAGCGCAGAGACUCGCAAAGCAGCACGCCGAAUUUGGUCCCCUCGGCGACCCGUCGCAUCUCUAUGUGAGCAAACACAGCGGGGGCGAGAUCCCCGACCCGGUCCUCGACGAGCCGCCGUACUUUACCGCUUUCACGACCUACAUCAGCUUCCUCAUUUUGAUCUUCCUCGGCCACUUCCAUGACUUUUGCGACAAGUACUUCCGAUCUCACACCUACAAGCACCUCCGCCCGCAAAAUGGCUAUGCCUCGUUGUACAGUGAUUUCGAGAGCUUCUAUACACGACGCAUGAAGCGGCGGAUCAAUGACUGUUUCGAGCGACCGACCACCGGGGUUCCAGGAAGAUAUAUCACUCUGUUGGAUCAGCAGUCGAAUGACAACCUCCAUUUCCGGCUCACAGGGACGACCACGGACACGUUGAACCUUAGCUCAUACAACUAUCUGGGAUUCGCUCAGUCCGAAGGUCCCUGUUCUGAUCUCGCCGAAGAAACGAUUCGGCAAAAUGGGAUCACUAUGGCCGGCUCGGUUGCCGAACCCGGCACCCCACAGCUUCAUGCGGAGGUCGAGCAACAGGUUGCCCGGUUCGUGGGCAAGGAGGAUGCGAUUGUUUUCUCCAUGGGCUUUGUAACCAAUGCCACGAUUUUCCCCGCCCUCAUGGAGAAGGGAUGCUUGAUUCUCUCGGAUGAACUCAACCAUGCGUCCAUUCGUUUCGGGGCACGUCUCUCAGGAGCUGCCAUCCAGGUCUUUUCGCAUAACAACAUGGCGGAUCUGGAGAGACGACUUCGAGAGGCAAUCUCCCAAGGCCAACCGCGCACCCACCGGCCCUGGAAGAAGAUUCUGGUCUCGGUCGAAGGCCUUUAUUCUAUGGAAGGUACUAUGUGCAAUCUGCCUCGCAUCUUGGAGCUUAAAAAGCGAUAUAAAUUUUACCUCUUCGUUGACGAAGCGCACUCCAUCGGCGCGGUCGGGCCUCGUGGGCGGGGAGUCUGCGAUUUCUUCAAGGUCGAUCCUGCCGAGGUCGAUAUCCUCAUGGGUACAUUUACCAAGUCGUUUGGUGCCAAUGGUGGGUAUAUCGCGGCAGACAAGGCCCUCAUUAAGAAACUCCGAGCCACAAACGCUGGACAAGUCUUCGGCGAGGCUCCUGCUCCCGCUGUCCUGGCACAGAUUUCCUCCUCCUUGCGACUGAUCGCCGAUGAGGAUCCCCUACACCCAGGCCAGGGACUUGAACGCGUACAAAGGCUUGGGUUCAAUUCGCGGUAUUUGCGACUGGGCCUAAAACGGCUUGGUUUCAUAGUCUACGGACAUGAUGAUUCGCCCAUUGUGCCGCUAAUGCUGUACAACCCAGCCAAGAUGCCGGCAUUCUCCCAUGAGAUGCUACGACGGAAGAUCUCGGUCGUGGUGGUGACCUAUCCAGCCACCCCACUGGAGCUCUCUCGGGCCCGACUCUGUGUUUCUGCUGCUCACACAAAGGAUGACCUGGACCACAUACUCCGAGUCUGUGACGAGAUCGGCAAUACUUUGGGUUUAAAAUAUUCCACAGGCGUGGCUGGAGGAUUAAGAGAACCGCUGCCGCCGGGACUGAGUGCUAGAGAUGCCCGGAAACUAAUCAGUCCCCCACGCUGGAACGUAGAAGAGGUCAUUGAGCGAGGUGCUCGAGAUGUACACAAUCCUCUCUAUUGA